AUGUCACGAGCAAUAAAACCAAAGAAAUGGACUACGGACGAAAUCAUUAAUAUUCUCUCGUAUAUCAACGAUUAUUUCAAAAAUUCAUCUGGUUCGCUAGCAAGGGCAUGUGAUGAAGCAAUGGAACAUCUUCAAAUAGAAAGAACUCAUAAAAGCGUUUAUUCAAAGAUCAGGAAAUUAAUCCAAGCCAUGAAGGUAUGGUUGAGUGAUCACGUAAAGAAUGAAGAUGUGAUCAUUUGGCAAGAUGAUCGAGUUUAUACAUUAUUAGAAUCCAUUUGUAAGAGAUCAACAAUAGAAUCGACAUUCGGAGAAAAAGGAAAAUCACAACAGAAACAAAUUUUUAAAGAAAACAAUAAAGUUGAGAAUUCUAGUGAUAUGACAGAUUCGACUUGGACAGUUGUUGGAGAUUAUGAUGAUCCUGUUGAAAUAUACAAAUCAUUAAUGAUAGAAUCCCGCCAAGUUGAAGAUGAGGCAAGGAAAGUUUAUGAGUCGGCAAAUAAUGUUGAGGAUGUGAAGUGUCAUGAAAUUCUUCAAGUGAUCAAGCAAGAACAAGAAUUUCGAGAUGAAAUGUUUCAUUUGUUUGCGGAAACUGAAAAAAAGAUUAAUGACAUGAGAUCAUUAUGA